AUGAGUAAUGAAAGAAGGGGGAUAAUCAUUCCAAGAAGUGCAAUCAGACAAAGAGCAAGUGACUUGAGCCAGCUCGUGAGCCGCCUUGUUUGCUGAUCGCCGAACAUGAGAAAAAGUAAUUUCCGUAAAACUCGACUUCAACUCCCUAAUAUCCUCCGCAAUGACUCCCACCAAAGACUCGCUUGACCCGUAAAGAACUUCUGAGAUUGCCUUAGAAGCAUCUGAUUCAACAUCAAUGAAAUCCCAGCCUCUUUCCUUCACCCAACUAAGAGCUUCUCUAAUCCCGACCAGCUCCGCUUCCAACGGUGCUAACUGGCCACCUCAGAACUUCGAAACUCCGGCCACAAAUUCUCCGAGCUCGUCCCGAACCAGCUAGCCCAAACCACUACGACUCCCCUUGAUUGCCGCAUCAAUAUUCAGCUUUAACCUCCCUGGCGCAGGUCUUUUCCAAACCGAAGGAGGGGCUGGAGCAUGUCUGCUCUUCCCACCAUCCACCUGCUACACCAAAGCCCAGUUUGUAACAUAACCUGUGACUUUACCAAAAUCAGUUUAGCAUCAGUUUACCAAAAUCAGUUUAGCAUCAGUACUAUUUUAUUAUUAUUAUUUUAUAAAUAAAUAAAACUAUUCCAUCAAAAAUAUUAGAGACGUUGUAAUUAAAUGAUUUUACUUUUAAUUUAAGUCGUUGUAAACAACUUGGAGGAGGACCGAUGAAGAAUAAUACUUGAACCCAAAGCAAAGAGUCCAUCCGAAGAAAAUCAGUUGGGAGAUUCCAAAUCCUAGUGUAAUAAAUUAUAUAACCAACUAGUUUCCCAAUCCUAGUGUAAUGACUAGUUUCUAAUAAUUAAUUGUGCUUUGGAUUUUGGAAACUAAAAUAUUUGGAGAAUAAGUCGGACUAGAAAAAAACCCUAUGCAAGGAUUCUCAUUUCCAAAACCUAUAUAUAUUUCAUUGCCAUUUCUCCAUCUCCUCACAUCAAUUCUCCGCAGUCACAAAUAGAAGAGUAGAGAAGUGAUUAGUUGAAGUUGAUAUUGUCGCCGCUUAAUUCAAUCAUUGAUCGUCGAUCAUGGUGGGGAAGAUGAUAUUGUCGCCGCUUCCAGGCGGAGGGUACGCUCAGCUGCGGGAGGGGUAUUCCAGUUUGGACGUCCUCGCCGCCGUCUGUGGGGCUGUUUUGGAGCAGAUGGAGAAAAACCCAAACAGUAAUUCUUCUUCUUCCUCCUUUCCUAAAUCAGUAUUUAUCCCGAGGAGGAAGAGGAGCCGUCCUAAUAGAAGUACUACAAGUCAUGAGGUUUUUAUGGCGGCAGAUUCCGUCUUGAAAUGUGGCGUCAAAAGAGUGUCAAUUGGAGGAGGACCGGCCGGCAACCGGAAGAAAAGGGCGGCCAAGAAUGUUGGAGUUAAUCUUGUUGUUAUAAUUUCAUUAUGUUUAAUUUAGUUUAUUUUGAGUCAUUGAUGCAUUUUAGACUAGAGUGUUCGUGCACGGCGGGAUGAGUCAUGCCAAGUUGUGUGUGUCGCGUGGCACCGUGCAUAUGUUGUAGCGGCACUGAAGUGCGUGUGUGUCGUUGCAUUAGUGUUAGUCUAAUUUGGGUCAGUUAGUUGCAUUUAGUAUUAUUAUGUUAUUAAUUAGUUUACGCAUGCAUGUAACUCUUUGUACGUACGUUUAGUCUUACGUAUUGUACUUAGUGGAGUUAGUGGGAGUUAGUGGAGUUAGUGCGUGCUUGUGUAUGCGGCAUACUAGGACGUGUGAAGUAUGCAAAGUGCAUACGUACGUGUGUGUUCAAAAAGGCUAUUUAAGCUUGUUUUACUUUAAUGAAAAUUAAUGCUUUUGAGCACCAAACGAAGCUACGUUUUUUCUUUGUUCUUCCUAAGCAAAUUACUACAUUUGAAAGCUGCAGAUGUAUUAUUCUUGCUAAGCAUUCCCAACAUUUGGUAUCAGAGCCAUGGUAGGCGAAAGUUCACGCACUCCGUCACGCUCGCCGGUACGACGUGGGCGGAGUCCGCUGCGGCGAGGCGGCCGCGAGGUGGUGGUACAGCAGCGUGUCGUCCACCAGGCCAGCAGCACCGUUGUCUACCCGACGUUGACGGUGACGAACUAUUUCGAGUGGGCGCUCAUCAUGAAGGUGAACAUGGAGGCCCAAGGCGUGUGGGACGCUGUCGAGGGUGGCGGGAGCUUUAGCGAGGAUAGGGUGGCGCUAGCGGCAAUUUUGCGAGCCGUGCCACCAGAGAUGCUCUCCACGCUUGCCGUGAAGGCGACGGCAAAGGAGGCAUGGGACGCCAUCAAGACUAUGCGUGUGGGCGAUGAGCGUGUCCGUGAGGCCAAGGCACAAACUCUACUCAAGGAAUUUGAUUCCGUUCGCAUGCGGAGCGGUGAGACGAUCGACGACCUCGCCAUGCGCAUGAACGGACUCGCCAACAAGAUUCGCACCCUCGGUGAGACCUUCGAGGAGGUGAAGGUCGUGAAGAAACUUCUUCGGAUCGUGCCAUCCAAGUACACCCAGGUAGCUAUUGCAAUUGAACAGCUUCUUGAUCUUAAAACCAUGUCCAUGGAGGAGCUUGUGGGAAGACUCAAAACGGUGGAGGAUAGGAGCGAUGCGGACGACGGCGUCGACAACAAUGACCAUGGCGGUGGAGGUCAAUUGCUACUCACAGAGGAGGAGUGGCGUUCUCGUUACCGCGGCGGCACCGGCAAGAAGAAGAGUACAUUCGACAUCCGUAAGGUACGAUGCUACAACUGUCAGGAGUAUGGGCAUUUCUCCAAGGAUUGCACAGCACCAAGGAAGGAGCAGGCACAUCUCGCCUUCGCGACCGCCGACUACGAGCCGGCACUGCUGUGAUGGUCCACGAGGAGUUCUAAAUAAAUGACAACAAGAUUAAGGGGGUGAUUGUUGGAGUUAAUCUUGUUGUUAUAAUUUCAUUAUGUUUAAUUUAGUUUAUUUUGAGUCAUUGAUGCAUUUUAGACUAGAGUGUUCGUGCACGGCGGGAUGAGUCAUGCCAAGUUGUGUGUGUCGCGUGGCACCGUGCAUAUGUUGUAGCGGCACUGAAGUGCGUGUGUGUCGUUGCAUUAGUGUUAGUCUAAUUUGGGUCAGUUAGUUGCAUUUAGUAUUAUUAUGUUAUUAAUUAGUUUACGCAUGCAUGUAACUCUUUGUACGUACGUUUAGUCUUACGUAUUGUACUUAGUGGAGUUAGUGGGAGUUAGUGGAGUUAGUGCGUGCUUGUGUAUGCGGCAUACUAGGACGUGUGAAGUAUGCAAAGUGCAUACGUACGUGUGUGUUCAAAAAGGCUAUUUAAGCUUGUUUUACUUUAAUGAAAAUUAAUGCUUUUGAGCACCAAACGAAGCUACGUUUUUUCUUUGUUCUUCCUAAGCAAAUUACUACAUUUGAAAGCUGCAGAUGUAUUAUUCUUGCUAAGCAUUCCCAACAAAGAAAAUGAAGAAUCGGGUCAUCGGCGACGAAAACCAGCAACCGGCUGCAGCUGAGGCAGGGCCCAUGCCGGAGAGAUUCAGGGGCGGGAUCCGUCACCUGGCGGGGCCAGGCGCGGAGAUAGCGGAGGAGAUGCUGCUGAUCGAAAAGGAGAUAACGGCGACCGAUUUGAACCGCAACGAAGGCCGGCUGGCCCUCCCUUUGAAACAAUUGAGACGGACGGAUUUCUUGACGGCGGAAGAGGAGGAGCGGCUGGCCACGCGCCAGAACAAUGGCAAGAAUGUGGGCUCACUCGACGUGGCGCUGAUCGCGGCCGUCAAUGGUGAAAUCAUAAUAAAGCGGGAACUUCACCUUCGGAGAUGGGGGGUCGGGAAAAGCAGCAUGUCAUUAAUGGUGACCCACAAGUGGAACGAAAUUAAGGGCAACCUUGGACUCGCCUUAGGUACAAAGGUCCAAAUAUGGUUCGUCCGAGUUGACGGCGAACUAUGGUUAUCGCUUGUUGUCUUGUAGAUCCAUCCAUGCCUACAUAUCCGGGUUUGGCCCGACCCGGCCCGGCCAGUGCCCUAAUCACUUAAUUAGUUAGUAAUUACAACUUAACACGGUCUCUAUCUGCGGCAUUGGCUUAUUGCGGGCCUUUGGGCAUGACAGAAAUGCUACUACGUAUAUAACAUUUAUUAUGUAUUUUAUUACGAGGUUCAAUAAAAUUAUUGUUGAUUGAUUUUUUUCAUAUAAUGAUAUCUUUUGAUCGAUAUGAUAACUCUUUCCGUUCAUGCUUCUAUAUAUGUGUAUAUAUACAUGUAUUCUUUAGUUGUUAUUGUACUGUUCCUUGUAUUAUCUGUGCUUGAGAAAUUCAUAUUGGUGCGUAGUUAACUAA